CCUCAUUGCAGAACAUCAUGAACCAAGAUGACUUCCGGCAGAUGCUGGCUACUCGCGAGGUCAGCGGAGACAAAAGAAGCUACGGAGGCAAGCGCAACUUGUCUGAUGCGGACCUCGCCGAUAUUAAGAAACUGUCAGUGAAGAAAGCGAAGAAAAAGAGUAAGAAACCAAAGAAUGCAACGGCUUUAGACGCCGCUGAUCCCGAUCCUCGACCAAAAAGUCAGUAUCGAGACCGAGCAGCCGAGCGACGCAGAGGUGACACUGGAGACAUGAUCGAUGCAGAAGAAUACAAACACUUAGACACGGAGCAGAGCAAGUUCCUAGGCGGAGACAUGGAACACACGCAUCUAGUCAAAGGGCUGGACUUCGCGCUACUUGCUCAAUUGAAACGCGAGAAGCAGAAGCUUCUGGCUGCGAAGCAGGAAGUGGCGAGCGAAAAUACCGCUGAUAAAGUGGAGAGAACGAGGCCGCAAGAUGGUAAGAUUACUUUUAAAACACGAAUGGGGAGGCUGGUCUACUUUCAAGCAUGUCAGAGCACGCCGGAAAUCACGACGUCGGUCAAGUCGGAGCUGUUUUUACCGGGCAGAAUGUACUACACAUUUAAUCUAUCGCCUACUGAGAUCGAGAGUAUCCCUGUGAGUGUACAACGGAGCAAAGAAGACUGUCCAGAGCCAGAUGAAGUGGUUAGUGGCAUUGUAGACGAGACACUCAUUGACCGAGUGGCAGAGUUGAUGAACAGCAAGAAGAGCAAUAAGAAGAUGCGAAAGAAGAAGAAAGCAGAUCAUUACCGUCGUGAUGAGAAGAAUGUUGAAGAGCAGGCUGAUGCAGACGUAGCGAUGGUUGAGGCUGACGUUGCUGCAGUUGACGAAGACGAAGAUAUCUUCCCUGAUGUGGGCGAGUACGUCCCCAUAGACAAGCGUACGGACGAUGUAUCCGCUGAUAUAUCAAAGAAAGAAGCGGUUAAAAAGGCUGGUUAUUUCACGAAUUUGAGUGCUUCGAUCACUGAAAAGGAGGAAGCAGCUCGAAAGAAAGAGGAGGACGCAGAGCGAGCAUGGAAAGAAACGUUACAGAAGGCAGUGAAGACGCAGAAGAAGAUCGAGCGUGAAAAGGAACGGAAAGAGAAGGAGGCCAAGAUGAUUGACGAAGCAGAUGACUACGCGGAGUACCAGGGUAUCGCUGCAUUAGGUGGAGAUAGCGACGAUGAGGAUGAGGAAACUGUUAGACGCCGCAAAGCUGCAGGACUCACGACCCAAAAGGAUGUUGACCCCGAGGAAAAGGCACGUCGGAAAAAGCAAAAGCAAAGCAGCAAACUUGCGAACGACCUCGAAAAGAUCAACAAGAUCAUGGAGGACAAGUCGAACAAGUAAUACUAGUAAAAUUCCAUGCACAAAAAAAUUGACGUAACCAGUAGAAGUUGUUGGUAGCGUGACUUUUAUUAUUUUUGUGGAAAAGUUGAAUACUGUGAGAGUCAAUAUUAAAUUUUACAAUUUUUACGGUCG